GAACGUGAACUGCUGGCUCGAUUUAGCUGCCACUACACGCAGCUUUUCACAUCUUCGAUCUCCAAGACUGGUGCGGUGUUUCUUCAGCUCCAAAAAACACGAGUCAAUAUGUGGUUUACAAUAUCGGAAAAUUCCUCAGGCAGUUCGAGUUCCACGUCGGCGGCUCGGGAGCGUUCUCGUGGUCGCGGGAAUAAUUCGCCCUCGAUGGCAGGGGGAUUCUGUGCAGCCCUCCCGGAGCGUAGGAACUGGAGGCGCAGCCCGGUUGACACGAGCCGGAGCUUCUUGUGUGACUACUGGAGCAGCCCCAAUGGAAACCCGGUUGCUCCCUCGCCGCAAUAUGCGUAUUCAAAUGCAGUUGUCCAAGCCAAAGGAGUAUUUCAUCGACACCGACAGCCGCGGGAGGACGAUCCCUCGCAGCCCUUGCAACAGCGUUCUGCCGCAGCGAGUCGGGACUUCGAAAGGGGAGUAAGAACGGGACAGAUGCUGCGACAGAUGCUACUUGGAGAAGUCUCGGAGAAGUUGGCUAGGUUGUAUAGGAAUACUCUCCCCCGAGGAUGUAGCGGUGCGUCCCGACCGGAGAAGAUUCAUGCCCUGCGGCGUCCAUUCCAGCGGCGACUGCGUACACAUUUUUGUGACUUUUUCAUCCAAAGUAGAACGAGAAAAGCGAAAGCAGGCCCGGAUGAUGUUGGGACGGCGCGCUUAUGGCGCGCAGCGGUCGCGUUGACGGCAGCGUUCCUGGGCGUCCUUGUGUUUGUUCUUUUCCAAACGGCCUUCGAAGAUUCUCUGUCGCAAAUACCACUGCCGGUAGCGGGGAAGAUUACCCGGGUCAGGCUGCCCAGCGAAAACGAGCUCGCAAACACGUGCUACUUCACCUACCGUAUGAACUUCAUCAUCUGCGAUCAGACCCUAAGUCAGGAGCAGGCUGCGGAGGCGAUAAAAAAGGGCGAGUGCCACUCCGACUACAAGAUCAUGGGCGCGGACUUCCAAAUAUCAAAGUGGAAAAUCCCACCUCCCCAUAGCAAAAACAAAACUGCUGAUGCUAGAUUUGCGCACACAAAUACCUUGCUGUAAGGAACUGCAGCCAGAUGCUCGGCCUGUUUUGGAGCGUAAUAGAAAUCUAGCUGUUUGGAAUGGGAAACGCCUGCCCUGAAGGCCCAAGAAAAGCAUGAGAAAUAUCCGCCUCCACAAAGCGGCGCAUACCUCGGCGCUUGCCUUCUUGCAAGACAGAAAUGAUCUGCGACCUCCUCAAACUGCGCCACAAAUUUUUAGACGGAUGCCUGUUCAUCAAUAUGUGGAGGGGGGAUCUUUCCUCACGAUGCCGAAUGUCUUCCGACAAGUACGUGCUGGCUGACGGGGUGCCGCCGAUUGAGGCGGCUUUCUGGUUGAUCGGUAUGCCGGAAAAUUUCCAAUCGCGCACCAUGGAAGAAUGCCCGGCGAUCAUGAUUCUCAGCUACGUGGUCAUCGCAGAAGCGGCUCUGUUCCUCCACGGACCCAAGUAUCUUCUGUACUUAUUUGUGUACUCCUAGUUGUGCCAAAAUUUAAAUUGAUGGGAAAUUUUUUAUCAACAUGCCGUGUUUGUGUUUACCCUUACUUCAAAGGCGUGCAGAGAUGACCGCUUUGACAGUAGAUUGAUGUGCCUUGCGAGUUUGCCGCGUUUGGCAAGAACAGAAAUGCAAAAAAUAAAGUAGAAUGCAACUACACUCGUAGGAACGAUCUGUCCGUUGGGUUCGUCCGAGACGCUGCGGUGAUUUCACGCACGAUGAAGUACCAGGAUACGGUAUCCUGAGUAAAAACGUCCCCACCCCAGAGUUGUCAUGCAAUUCUGCAUGCCAAAAAAGUUUCUCGUGCGGGCACCCUACGUCCAGGUAAGUUCCGUCGCGACUCUGGCGUAAGACCCCCGUCCCCCCUCCCGCCCUUUGCUUCUAUUGCAGAACAGGGCUGCACUAAGACUGCCACGCACAAACUAAGCCUUUAAGUUGUCGCUGUGCCCCAGGUGGGUUGCCAGUCAGCAGCGCCAGACAACUGGUCUAUGGUUUGACAACUGUGGUCCGUGCACUCGCCUUGUUCGCCCGUGCCGCAGGUAAGGCACAAAUGGUCCAGCCUCCCCUGUCCGGGUGGGGUUGCGGCUUAAGGGAGAGUCUCGCCCCUUAACCCAAAGGGGUGCGUCGUCUCUUCCGUGAGAGCAAAAACGUAUGGCGUAAAAUGGAUCGGGUCCUGGAUCGUUCUGUAUGUUGGGCUGUCGCGCUCGGCUAGCUGGCCGGGCUGUGCUGAUCAGGUGUGGUGGGUAGUUCCCGACUGGUCGGCACUUUUCUUGGGGCGACUCGCCGUGGUAGCGCUCGGCUUUUGUAUGAUGAGGUCGCCGAAAGUGCUUCCUCGCCCACCCCCCGGGGAGGGGAUCCUUGACCUGUGGCGCUGGGAGCGGGUGUCCACUACAUGAUGAUGAUGAUGCGGAGCCCUAUGAGAAGCAUUUUCUAUUCGUGUUUUGGAAUUUGUGACGCUAGGAUCAGCAUGCCAUGCUAGAUCUGUGAUGCUUCUGAACUAGCUAAACAGGAUUACACCACAAGGACAAACUUGUCAUGCCAGACAAGAACCAAGGCUGGCUGAUUUGUCUAGCAGGUUUCCCGUCUGGACUCUGGUGUGGGGACGUUUUUAAUCAGGAUAUACGGUGAUGAACUCGUGGGCGAUCAACCCCGCUUUCGCAGCGUUUCAGCGCAUGCACACCGCGGUGUUGGAUCAGGUAGACCGCGAUUUGGAGCUGAGUGUUGUGGUGUGCCGCUGUGUACGCAUUGCAGGUACAAUCGAUCCGGGUCGUCGUGGUCUGGGAAGGUGCCGCAAACUUGUGAUCAACAUACUCUCGGUCAGUCACGGAAAAAUCAUCUGCCAUAGAUACAAUGCAUGGCAGAAGCUGUACAUUUUAGGCCACUUUGAUAUAAAAGUAGAAGCAGUGGCCUACGUGUCAACAUGCAGAGUAUAAUCAGCAUUCUUGCUGCUAGGCCCCGCAUUGCAAAGCUUCUGAGCACUGCAAAACCUGCGGGAUGAACCUGUGCAUUUUCUCAGACCUCCUCCCCGCCGACAUAUUUGCAGUUGAUGCUGCGGGACGGAGAGCUUGAAGAUCCUGGAGGACCGAUUGAAGCUGAUCGACCGGAAGGCGACGCAUCUCUACGUUCAGGAGCUCUGUCUCGACGAGACCGCGAUGGAGCUGGCGGCGCAGGUGUUCGACGCAAAUGGUGGAAAAUUCCCCGACGGCGACGUGUCUCCCGAAACCGGAAAGAACAAUAUGGCCCCCUAUUUUGACGCCGCCUUGAAGUUGGCGACCGAGUACUUUGACUUUCCAUUUUUUUCCUAUCUUCAGAAUCAGAUUUUACGGUCGCGGUCUCAGAUUUGAUGAUAUGGUGCUACAACUGCGUCCACUUUGAAAAUUAGAGUUUCAUCUGAUGAAGUACGCGGUCGCCAGGACGAUGGCAAGAACAUGUGGGAAAGAUAGUACCGCAAAGAUAUAGUAAAUAUCUUUUUCCCCUAUUGAAAAACAAGGUACUACCCGACUAGCUUCGCGAACAUGACACUGACGACGCUUGCCUCCCGGUCGUGUACCCCCGUAUGAACUGCAAAAGUGUCUGGGUCUGGGAGAAUACAAACUUGUGAUGCGCAUUUCAGAACACAGAAAAAUCUCUCAUGCAUAGGUAGCAAAAGCUGCCCACUUUCUGUCACCAAGGUGGGGGGUUUGUCAUGCGGAUUCGGCAUUGCGGAAGCUUCUCGAAACCUGUGAUGCUAGAGCUUCCAUGCCAGCCCUUCUGUGUCAUGUAGAAAUAGCAUGACGCUGCCAGACCGAGACAUUUUUACAUUUGAUACCCCGUGCUUCCCGACGAUCUUCGCAUUGCUGAAUACACCAUAUUCCUGGGGCGUCCAGAGCACGAGCUCACACAGAACGCGAAUAGCAGGUACAGUGUCUUUUUCUGGUGCUUGUGAUGUUGACCUUGAGGUUCUUCUCGUAGGUAGCGCGUCGUUCAUCUUUCGCGUGAUAUUGAUAUUCUAAAUUUCUAUGAUUGAUGUACCUGCUGAACAAUCGCUCCGGACCACUCGCAAGAGAGGAACACCUCCGACGGGAGAUGAUGAUGGAGAGAAAAGUUGUAACACAGGUACCUGGACUUGGUUUUUCGUGCGAUGGAGAUCAACACUUUCCUGCUAUCAGACUUCUUGCACUUGGGCAACUUCCGCACGGUGGCCGACGACUUGACAGAAUGUCAGCAGGGCAUUGUCCAACAGCUCAUGCAAAUGCGGGGUCAGCAGGGAAAAACGGUAUGAUUAUAGUACCUUGAGCAGAAUAUUAUUAAACCACAUUCUGGUUUAUUUGAGCAACCUGGUGAAGAACAAUAGAUGAUAUGAAUGGGAACGACAUUCGCGUCGCGAUGUCCGGUCGUCAUGGAAAAUUGCGAAGGAUGAAAACUUGAAAUUUUCUUGCAGCCCUUGCUCUCCACGUACCGCGGGGAGUUGUUCGUGGUGAAGAAAGAACCGCUCGCGCACGUUCAGGAUAUGAAGUUGGGAUCCGAAUUGUGCGCUCCGCAAGGUCUUGGGCCUGUGUGGCCCCUCCUGUUUGGGAAAGACUUUCUCCUUCCGGUGCAUGAAGACGAUACCAGUUUGCCAACUUUCGUACGAAAUUAGAAAAAAAAAAAAACUGCUUUCUGUAUGCAUCGCCAUGUUGUCGAAGGACUUUUGUACGUACUGUUUUCUUUUGUUGGCGGCAUCGUGAGAAUUCUGCUUGCUUUGUGGAAAGAUGUGUAGACGAGUAGCACGUGACAGAUGAAUGGCAGGUAAGUAGUUUUUUUGUAGUUCUUUCCAUACGCUCUCCGCACGCUGGACGAAAACUCGACGGCCACGCUGACGAAAAAGUUCUCAAACUAUCUGACCUACGUAUUCGAGAACUCUACACGUCAGUACCCACCAGAAGCGCGGGAAAAACUAGCAUGGAUGUGAAGAGGCCGCAAGGCCGUCGCGGUAGCCGCUUAGUGACCGGCGUGGCGCUUCGGGAAGGAGGUGGAAAAGUGGAGCCUUUCUCCGUGGAAUUUCUAUGACUCAGUUCUUGGCUCGGCCGCUCUUCCUCUUGUGUGGCUGCACUAAGCUACGCUUGUCUAUUAAAGUACUGUAAUCGACGCUCAUACGAAGAAGGUCGGCAAAGCGACAGCAGUGAGGAAUAGGUACUAGUACCUUUGGAUCCAGGCACAGUUUUUAUCCUUCUACACUAAAGUGUCGAGAAAUAAAUCAGAUCCAAACCGCGCGCAAUAAAAAGCAGACAAUGCGGCUUUCCGGAGUUCCUCCAGUUGUGGCACCGCCCCAGUUAUGGAUCAGUAAAUGAGAAUACUAGCAGAAGAUCGUGGUAAGCAUACUCAUUUUCAAAUUCAUGCGUUGUUCAUCAUCCCGAUAACGGGUGUGGUCUUUCUGCUAUCUUUUGUUUCUGAUUCCCAAUCCCAUCCAUUCCUUUCUUUCCAGGUUAUUUAGUAUCUC